CAGCUGCUGUUUGCUUUCAAACGCCUGUGUGGAGAGUGUGUGAGGAUCUGAGAGACAGCUGCCACCUGUGUCUGCGUGGGUGUGUGGAAAGAGAUACUAUUCCAGGCCCCAGCUCUGGCUCUGCCUAAUUCUGGACAAGAGUUCAACCCGCUAAACCUCUCAGCCCUCGGAAAACCACACACAUGCUCACCGAAUGGGGGCAAGAGCGUUGAACCAGAGAGAGGCUACUACAAGUGGGAGGAUUUACUUUGGCAAGCUAGAGGGCCUCAGACAAAUCAGCUGAAGAACUCUGAGGGUCUUGGGAGGCAGGAUCCCACCACUAGGAAUGGCCAGGGGUUCCAAUACGACGCCUCCGGCCCGAUCCACCCGGCCACCAGCCCACCGAGGGCCUCUGACCCAGGCCCAGUGUUCCAGGCUCUCUCUCAUGUAACCUCACAACACCCCUGUAUCAAAGGGUAUACCCCUGGCUGGGAAGAUCAUGAGCAUCAGAACUCCACUACAGCUCAAAUGCCGUCUUUGACCGUUUCAUCUCCAAAGCCCACCACUCUUCCUCCACCACUCAGACAGAGACCACCACACUCAGCAAAUGUCCAUUCAGGAUUUGAUGAGUGCAAACGAACGUUUGCGAAAUGAAAUAUGGGACCUCAGAGAUACAGUUGCCAAUCUUGAUGCAGAAAACCAGGAGCUAAUAAAAGGAAACAAAGAUACUGAAGACCUGAACAGGGGCUUGCAAACCAAGACAGACUAUCUUAAACUCAUGGUGGAAGAGCUACAGAAAGAGGUGGAGAACGUCAGGGAGAUGUUGGAACUAAGAGACGGGAAGAUCAAACAAUUAGAAUUAGAAAACAAGAACUUGCACAGAACCAACAAGCAACUAACCUUGGAAACCUAUGAAAGUUCUUGCCAGCUAUCUGCCGAUGAAGAAUAUAAAUUUGCUCCAGAAAUAGACUUAUUAGGAACAAAAAACAUAACACAAGAAAUCAAAAUCUACGUGAAGCAUCUAGAAGGCAAACUGGAAGACGCAGAGCAGCAACGUGACGAGGAAAGGAGCUGUUCCUCCCAGUUAAGGGGCACAUUGGCAGAGCUUCUUCAGAUCAGGGAGCUUCAGAGGAAGGACAUAAUACAGCUGAAAGGACAACUGGAAAUGGCAAUGCAGCAGGCAGCACUUCUGAGAAUGGAAAAUGAGGACAGGGCCCAGGCUGGCUUAUUACUGCAGCAACGAGUUGAAACCAAACUGGUGGAGAAAUCCCUGAACCAGUCUAAGAUGAGCAAUCUCCUCCAUUGGCUCUUGAAUCUUGGAAGGCUUUUAUUGAUAUUAGUGUCCUGCUUGGGAAUUGGCACAGCUGUGGCUCUGUUAUACACCUAUUUUGUCAACAACUAUUUCAUAUCUGACUCUCUUCUACUAUUGUUUAGUGAGCAUGACAUCAAUAUGAUUGUAGAGAUCCUAUCUCGACAUGUUACCUGGAAAAACAAUGGCCCCUUCCCAUUUUAAAACCAGCUGCACAGCUUCUGCUUGGCUUUUCAGGUCAUCUUAAUUAACACUUCUUCGGAACUGAUGAGUUCAGCUCAACAUG